AGAGGCAGGAACCCUUCUGCCUGGAGAGCACCCAAGGUCCCAUCCCACGGUCCCGGAGGGAGUCCCAGAUGGGUGUGUGGCAGCACUGAAACUGAGUAGCACUCUGGGAGGGCCCAUCUGGAGCAGAAGAGCACUGUCUGAGGAGAAGAUGGCAGCUUACAGCCCACCAUGACCUCCAUGUGUUGAGCAUCUUCCCAGGACACGUUACUCUCUAGAUCACCAGGCUGCUGCUGAGGAGAAGCUCAGAGGGAAGGAAGGAGAGGCCUUGAUGCGGCUGCCCCACCUACCUAUCUGGAGGUGUCGUCAGAGGUGGCAGCUCCAGGACCAUGAAUGCAACCUGCAACGGCACCGGCAACCUGUGGCCUCAUUCACUCUACUACAUCUUCAGCGUCUACUUGAUCUUGCUGCUGGUGCUGGGCCUGCUGCUCAACGGCCUGGCGCUCUGGGUGUUCUGUUGUCGCAUGCACCAGUGGACCGAGACCCGCGUCUACAUGACCAACCUGGCUGUGGCUGACCUCUGCCUGCUCUGUUCCCUGCCAUUCAUGCUAUACUCCCUGACAGACACUUCAGAUACACCAGUCUGCCAGCUUUCACAGGGCAUCUACCUGGCCAACAGGUACAUGAGCAUUAGCUUGGUCACUGUCAUUGCCGUGGACCGCUACGUGGCAGUGCGGCAUCCGAUACGCGCCCGUGAGCUGCGGUCCCCAAGAAAGGCUGUCGCAGUGUGUGUGGCCCUUUGGUUGGUGGUGCUCUCUUCCCUGGUGGUGCGCUGGCACCUGGGGCUGCAGGAGGGUGGCUUCUGCUUCAGGAACUAUGGCCGGCACAGUUUCAGCACCAUUGCCUUCUCACUGCUGGGCUUCUACCUGCCCCUGGCCAUUGUGGUCUUCUGCUCUUUGCAGGUUGUCACCGCGCUGGGGCAGAGGCCGACCACUGAUGUGGUGCAGGUAGAGGUCACCCGCAGGGCCACCCACAUGAUUUGGGCCAAUUUGGCUGUGUUUAUCAUCUGCUUCCUGCCACUGCAUGUGGUCCUGACGGUGAUGUUCUCCCUGGGUCUAAACUCCUGUGCUGCCCGUUUAGCCUUUAGCCGUGCCCUGUCCAUCACAGGCAAACUCUCAGAUGCCAACUGCUGCCUGGAUGCCAUCUGUUACUACUACAUGGCCAAGGAGUUCCAGGAUGCAUCCAAUACUCCCCACAAGAGCCAAGAUUCUCAGAGCUUGACCCUCACCUAGGAGUGAGCAUGUGCCAUGGACCAGAGGAACCUGUGAUAUUAUCAAGGAGCCCCCAAAUCAUCCUGAACCUGACGUGGGUUUUGAACACUCUAGGAAGCUCAGGCAGCCUAGAGAGAUUGUAUCUGCUCCCCUGAAGAGACCAGAGGACUGAGACUUAAAGACCAACUUGAAGGACCCUGGAACUUGCCGCCCCCAGACCUAGAACCCCCGAGGCACCGGAAUGGGGCCUUGAUGGCCGGCCACUGGGUUUAGAAUAAAGCUCUCCCCUGGACACCUGACAGGGCCCUCGAUGUCACCCAGAUGCAAGUGGUGAGAUGCAAAGAAGGAACAAAGAGCUCAAAGAGCCAGGAGGUCUCUUCUGAGAGGACCAUCUAAUGGCUACUUCCUCUAGAGACCUCCAGACGUCUUGCUUCCUGUAGGGAUAGGCAGGAGGGCAGUGGCUGUAGUCUGGAAGGCUGUCCUCUAUGGCACAUGGCUGUCAGUGUUGCUCAGGCUCCGUCUCUAGGGGGGGUUCCCCAUGGUCAUAAAGCUAUGCUCAACACACUAACACGCAGCCACUGUUGAAGCCCUGAGCCUCUUGAUGGUGUUUCCAUUUUAUAGUGGGCCCGUUGAUCACAGUGUCAAUGGCUGUGGUGGUAGUCUGCUGGAGUUUGUUGUGAGGAAGAUUGACAUUUGGCCUGGUACCUGCACUCUUGGGGGAUGUGGCCUUCAAGGGGUUCCAGAGACAAGGAUCGGCUUCAAAGCCAACUCAGGGGCUGGAGAGAUGGCUCAGAAGUUAAGAGCACCAGUUGUUCUUCCAGAGGUCCUGAGUUCAAUUCCUAGCAA